UGUCUAAACCCUGCCCUUUAAAGUCAUCACUCCAACUUUCUGGCCUGCUGUGUACAGAAACCAGAGACACUGCGGGAUCCUGGGGGAUCUGGGGUGCUGAAAGUAGGCAGAAGUGGCCUGUGACAGGAGCUACUUGGAGAUGCUGCUGCUAUGGCCACUGCCGCUGCCGCUGCCGCCGCCGCUGCUGCUGCUGCUGCUGUUGUUGCUACUCCCACUGGCCAUGCUGUGGCAGCAGAGGCGGCGGGCCAGACCAUCCUGGCUGGCCCGCCUCCAACACCAGGUGGCCUGGGGGGCACUGGGCUUGGCAGCCGCCUGGCAGCAUCGGAAACUGGAACAGAGCACACUCCACGUGGGCCAAAGCCAGCAGCAGGCCCUCGAGUGGUGUCUGAAGAAAGCCCAGGGUUCCUGCUGUCUCCCCAGGGGGAGUACAGCCUUCACCCCAUUUCUCAGACCGUUUCUGGGUUCCUUCCUCGAGGGUCUCCACAUUCUUCUCACUUCCUGAGAGUUUCUGGUAUUUUGAGGGCUACAGACUUGAGCACCUUCCGGAGUCAUCUCCCACUGACCAAAACCAGGCAAGCCAAGGAGGAAGAGAGUGAAGAGAAGCUCCUGUCCCCUGCCCCCCUCCAGGACCAUAGAGAGGCUUCUCUUCAGGCCACCCUGCUGGGUCUAGUCACCCUAAACAAGGCCUACCCAGAAGUACUGACUCCAGGAAGUACUGCCUGUGUGACCCCUACAUCACCAUGGCCCAACUCUGUCCCCUGGCUCAGGCAUGCCCUGGGCCGGGUAAGCCCCCUUGGAGCCAAGGACUCUCAGACCCUGCUGCUGGAGGCACUGAUAUCCCCAGGGCUGAGGGCACUGGAGGCAAGGACUGCAGUGGAGCUCUUGGAUGUGUUUGUGGGCCUGGAGGCAGAUGGCAAGGAAAUGGCUGAGGCCAUAGCAGCCGGGAACCUAGGAACACCUCUCCCUAGCCGAGCAGCUGAACUACAGGAAGCCCUGGAGCAGGGACCCCGAGGAUUGGCCCUUCGGCUGUGGCCAAAGCUGCAGGUCGUGGUGACCUUGGAUGCAGGAGGCCAGGCAGAAGCUGUUGCUGCCCUCAGGGCCUUGUGGUGCCAAGGGCUAGCCUUCUUUUCUCCUGCUUAUGCUGCUUCUGGAGGGGUGAUGGCCCUAAACCUGUGGCCGGAGCAACCCCAAGGAUUCUAUCUUCUGCCCCCUGGAGUCCCCUUUAUUGAGCUGCUUCCAGUCAAGGAAGGAACCCAAGAGGAGGCAGCCUCCACUCUCCUUCUUACUGAUGUCCAAAGGGAGGAAGAGUAUGAACUGGUGCUGACCGACCACGCCGGCCUGACCAGGUGCCGCCUGGGAGAUGUGGUACGGGUGGUUGGUGCCUACAACCAGUGUCCUGUUGUCAGCUUCACCGGCAGGCUGGGACAGACUCUGAGUGUUCGAGGAGAAGUUACUGAUGAGAAUAUAUUCUCUGCUGCCCUGGCCAAAGCAGUGGGGCAGUGGCCAGGGGCCAAGCUGUUGGACCAUGCCUGUGUGGAGAGCAGCAUUCUGGACCCCUGUGACGGUUCUGCCCCGCACUACGAGGUGUUCAUGGAGCUGAGGGGAUUGAGGAAUCUGUCGGAGGAAAAUCGAGACAAGCUUGACCACUGCCUGAAGGAAGUCUCCCCUCACUACAAGUCUUUGCGGUUACGGGGCAGUGUGAGUCCUGCCAAAGUCCAUCUGGUGAGACCAGGGAGCUUCAGAGUACUCCGGGAAGCACUAGCAGCCUGCCCCUCCUCCUCCUUCCCUCCUGAAAUGCCUCGGGUCCUCAGGCUCGGUCACCUGGCCAAGCUCCUGCAGAAGAGGGUGAUGUCUUAACCAAGGCAGCUGUUGCCAGGCUUCCCUCUGCCACCUCGCCCUUUCCUCUGGGGUGUCUCCAGAUGCUGAGUCCUGGACCAGACGUCACAGAAUACUGGCCCAUCAGAGCCACCGGGCCUUAGGGAGGCCUUUGACUCAUUGGCCAGUUUUAAGGUGGAGGCUUUGGGCAUACAGCAGAACCCAGAAGUGCCCUACAACUGUCCCCCUCAGCCUACCCUAUGUGACACUGAUGAGGAGCUCUGAUGCAGCCUGGUGGCUGCCUGUAUCUCAGCGCCUUUCAUGUGCUUGACCAGGGUAACAGUGUGGGCUGAAAGUGUAGGUAAUGCUCCCAGAGUGGCUCCUUAAGGAGCAGGAGCAAAUGAAUAAAGACCUCAGCACCGUUGUCUCCUGGUCUGAGGUAUAUCUCGCACAAUCUCCUGAAAGGACGAGGCUGGCCCACAGGAGUAACCCAGUGUUUAAUAGUCUUCCUACCAGCAAUCCUCCUUUCCCUCCCUUUCCCAUUUUACCAUUGGGCUCCCUGGAUCAAUUCCCAAAUAAAACUCUUUUAAAAAUA